AUGGCAUCGCGGGCCCCCCUGGAGCUCCUGCCCCUGAACCGGAGCCAGCUGUCGCCUCCAAACGCCACGACCUGUGACGAUGCUCCAGAAGCCUGGGACCUGCUGCACAGAGUCUUACCAUCAGUCAUCAUCAUCAUCUGUGUCUGCGGGCUGCUGGGAAACCUUCUGGUGCUGGCGGUCUUGCUCCGGCCCCGGCGGCGUCUGAACGUGGCCGAAAUGUACCUGGCCAACCUGGCCGCCUCCGACCUGGUGUUUGUCCUGGGCUUGCCCUUCUGGGCGGCGAACAUCUCGAACCAGUUCCGCUGGCCCUUCGGGGGCCUCCUCUGCCGCCUCGUCAACGGAGUCAUCAAGGCCAAUUUGUUCAUCAGCAUCUUCCUGGUGGUGGCCAUCAGCCGGGACCGCUACCGCGCGCUGGUGCACCCCAUGGCCACCCGGCGGCGGCGACAGGCCCGGGCCACCUGCGUGCUCAUCUGGGUGGCGGGCAGCCUCCUGAGCGUCCCCACCUUCCUGUUCCGCUCCAUCGAAGCUGUGCCCGAGCUGAACAACGACAGCGCCUGCGUCCUGCUGCACCCGCCCGGGGCCUGGCACGUCGCGAGGAUGGUGGAGCUGAACGUGCUGGGGUUCCUGCUGCCGCUGGCUGCCAUCGUCUUCUUCAACUGCCACAUCCUGGCCUCCCUGCGCGGGCGGCCCGAGGUGCGCGGGGCGCGGUGCGGGGGGCCCCCCGACGGCAGGACCACGGCGCUCAUCCUCACCUUCGUGGCCGCCUUCCUGGUGUGCUGGACCCCCUACCACUUCUUCGCCUUCCUGGAAUUCCUGACGCAGGUGCAGGUCGUCCGCGGCUGCUUCUGGGAGAAUUUCAAAGACCUGGGCCUGCAGUACGCCAGCUUCUUCGCCUUCAUCAACAGCUGCCUGAACCCCGUCAUCUACGUCUUCGUGGGCCGGCUUUUCAGGACCAGGGUGUGGGACCUUUUUAAGCAGUGCGCCCCCAGGAGGCCACCUGCCGUGUCCUGGUCCCACAGGAAACGGGUCCUCCAGCUCUUUUGGCAGAAUUAA